UUUAAAAUAAAAUUGAAGUAUAAAAAUAAAUGAAUAUAGAAGGUACAAAGAAGCUCCCACAGUUUAUACAAUUCUAGAAGAUUCUUUCACUGAAUUAGGGUAGAAAUAGUUUGACAAAAAUUCAGUCAUAUUUAUAUCUGAUAUAGACUCUCCAGACCAAAUACAUACUGGGGUGAAUAUAGAAACUGAGCCAAGUAAUCAUGAACAAGAAGUUUACGGCUCACAAAAAGACAACAAAAAGCAAGCAAAGCCUGUUUUAGAAGCGAUGAAACAGUUAUACAUCCCUCAGUUAGAUCUGAUGGACGAUAAACAUGCUGACCAAGGUCUACCAAAAGUCGAUACUAAAUAAGUCUGCUAAACUAAGGAAGAAAAAGUUGGUUAUACAGCGUGAAAUAGCAAUAAAAGAAAUGAUCCAAGGCCAACACAGGCGUGAAGAGAUCAUGAAGGAAAUGGACAUUGUUCUUAGAAAAGACCAAGGCACUUUUGAUGAAAUUGAAAGGAAAUCCAAGAUGGAUCCCAACCGUACAGGAAGACUAAAAAAUGCGAGUAAGAGGAAAGCCUAUAUGAGUAGCACUAGUUAUAACCCGACUAAAGGAGGCAGUAGCUUGCUUGGAACAUCUAGACUCUUCCCUAAAAGAAUCGCAGGUGUUACAGGCAUUAGUACUUAUUUAUAUGAAGUUAACACUAACCCAAUGAAGGAAUGCCUUAAAUCCUCUGCUUAUCAGAGGAGGAAGAAACUUCUUAUAAAUAUGAAUAAUUGCUCCAAAAAUACAUCAAGGAGUAAAACUGAAGGGCGUGGGAGAUAUAAGGGAAAGGUUCAUUCUAAAAAAAAUAAGCUUCAUCAUACUUCUAAAAUAGAAUCUUAUAACUCGAACAAUCAUGAUAUUUCAAUUUUUGAAAAGCUUCCUCAGCAGUUUAAUCCCAAGCUUGCUGCAAGUGUUGAUGUUGCCUUUAAAAAGAAGAGAUCUAUGAAGAACAAUAAGGAUAUGAAGAAUCUUCCUUCUCAUGUUCAGAAAUAGCAUGGAGAAAAGAAUCAAUUCUGUGCUAAAUAAGAGAGCUUCUAGAGUGAGAAGCAAGCCUAAGCAGAGUCCCUUUCCUAAAGCUACAAGAGACUCUAUAGCUUUUAGAAUAAUGUCUAAACUCAGAGAGUGGCCAGUUAAGGAAGAGAAGAUCAGUAAGAGCUUCAAGAAGUUUUAUUGGACGAAAGAUUUCUCACAUUGUGCAUUUGCUAAUGAUGAAGAAGUAAUAGAUGGCUACCUCAGUAAACCCUAAUAUAAGAUUUUCAAUAGG